UAUUUUGCAAGCUCGUGGAUAUGCAAAUAAUAUCUAAUUUAUAGUACGCUGGAACAGGAGUACAAAGUGCAGUACUCUUCUGAAAUAAAACAAAAACACAUCUCAAAGUGAUAAUCAUGUGGCUCCCCCUGCUGGCGUUAAUGGCGAUGCUGCUCUUUCUGUACAGAUGGUACAGACAAAGUGAGAUAAUGGAGAAACUCUCAGAUAAAUAUGUGCUGAUCACUGGAUGUGACUCUGGGUUUGGGAACCAGUUGGCAAAGCAGCUAGACAGGCGUGGAUUCCAGGUGUUGGCAGCAUGUCUGACUGAGAAAGGAGCUGAGGAUCUGACAAAGCAGACCUCCGACAGAGUGCAGACAGUAAUCCUGGAUGUCUCAGAUAGCCAGAGUGUGAGCUCAGCUGCAAAGUGGGCCACUCAGAUCGUUAGCGAUAAGGGACUGUGGGGCUUGGUAAACAAUGCGGGAAUCCUAAUCCCUGUGGGCCCUAAUGAAUGGCUAAGAAAAGAGGACUUCUGCAAAAUUUUGGAUGUAAAUCUUCUUGGAAUGAUAGAUGUUACACUUAAUCUACUUCCUCUAAUAAGAAAAGCCAAGGGACGUAUCGUUAACGUAUCUAGCAUUGCCGGAAGAUUAUCACUCUGUGGUGGUGGGUAUUGCAUCUCGAAAUUCGGAGUUGAAGCCUUUUCAGAUAGCAUCAGGCGUGAACUCAAACCUUUUGGAGUUAAAGUCUCUAUCAUUAACCCAGAUUUCUUUAAAACACUAAUUCUGGAUUCAGGACGUCUUUAUGAUAACAUAAAAAACAUUUGGAGCCAAGUUCCACAAGAAGUUAAAGACUGCUACGGGCAAGAGUACUUUCAUUCUUAUUGCAAAUUUAUUGGGGACAUAUGCUCUAAAGGAAGCUCUCAGUUUACCAUAGUUACUAACUGCAUGGAACAUGCCUUGACAGCAGUGCACCCAUGGACCCGUUAUUCUGCCGGCUGGUAUGCCAAGUUCUUCUACAUGCCACUGUCUUACCUUCCCACAUGUGUGGCUGACUACAUGCUCAAGUCAUCCUGAAGUAUACUUCAAAGAAGACAAACUGUAUUUUUCUUCUUACAACCUCAGUACAAGAACAAGCUAUUCAGAGCUUGUACUUGUACUGAAUAAGUGCAACCAAUUACAUGACAUAAUGGUACAGAUACAGAAAAAAAUAUUUUCCCCAUUUAAGCCAAACAGAAUAAUAAAGUAA